UGACUAUUUUUCCUUUUUACAAUAAUUAUAUAUGGUAAGAUCAUUACUUUGUGAGUCAAAUAACUUUCUUAUAUAGAUGAUUCACACGAAUAUAGAUAUAGUGUGUAAAACAAAAGAUGAUAUCCACCAAAGCAUAUAGACUCUUCCUGGUCUCCUUAGCCUUAGCCUUGAUCACAACCUCUUCGUUAUCUUUCGCGGCUCAAGUCUUCACCAUAGAGAUAAGCAACACCCUUGCACCUGGCUCUAAUCCAAUCUCCAUAAGCUGCAUCUCGCCCCAAAGAGACACUUGGUCCACGGUGUUAUCUCGAGGUGCGAGUUUCGAUUUUCACUUUGACACAAACCAAUCAGUUAAAUGGAGUUGCGACAUCUCAUCGGGAGCCAGAAAGAGUAGUUUCGUCAUCUUUGAUCUUAAUAGAGACAAAUCAAGAUGCAAAACCGAUGGUUUAUGUCUAUGGCAAAUCAAUCCUGAUGGUUUCUACCUAUAUGUCGCUUCUAUUCAAAAAUACCAAAAGCAAUUCAAUUGGUGAUACACCAAACAAUAUGCAUUGUGUUAUUGUAUCGUUGAGUCGUAUAAUAUAAUAUAUAAUAAUAAUAAUAAUAAGAUUUCUAAGGUA